AUGACCCCCGCAAAGAUGCCCCUGCGAGCGGAUGAAGAGAUGGGUAAGAAAGAUGACGACCAUCGCCCAUCUGAUCAAGCGCGCUUUUUACCCCUUCGGCACCGAGUCACGUACCGACCUCGCCGCAUUCUACUUGCUAUCAUCGCGCUUGUUCUUGUCUAUGAAUUCUUCAAGCACAUGCCGACGGACGUGAGACCCGCCGCCGAACGAUAUAACCCUGGAUUUAAUCCUGCCGUUGCAAGGUUGCGAGAAGAUAAACUUGCCAAGUUGACUGGGACGGAUACCGCACCUGCUGUCAAUAAGCCAGGUACUACGCCACCAGCUACGGCGUUGGAUUCGAUCCGGGAGCCAGAGGUUAACGAAGAGGAUAUCAAAUUUCCCCAGUUGGCGCACUCUCUCCCGCGAUACAAGUACACGCGGAAGGUAGCUAGUCGAGCGGUCCUCUUCGCUGCUUCGAGUCUCCACAGCGUGUCAGACCUUUUGCCGCUAGCUUGCCGGAUGACUAGUGAGAGGCUGAAUUACGUACACUUUGUCCUGGUGGGCAAAGAGGAAGUUUCGAUUGAGGGAAUUAAGGAGGUCAACGGCAUUAGAGAUGCCGAUUGCCCGUUGACAUGGCACGAUGCUCGUCCGGACUAUGCACCAAAAUCAACCGAUGACCGUAUGGAGCGUUCCGUGACAAGAGGGUUGCAAACGAUUCACACCUACAUCAAGCCUGAAGUUAUCAUCACACAAGGUAGAGGUUGGGAAGAUGUGUUCUUCUCGCAUGGAGUCGAGCCCCAUUCGCGCGACAGCCGCACCCCUCACAUUGCCCUAUCUGCUGCGUCAAGGGAUCUUAUGUGGAUAGCUUCGCUGGAUAGCGCAGCACUUCGAGUGUGGAACGACAUACAUGUAGAAAUGGUGGUCCAUGCGCACCCCGAGGCCGCUGGCUCUUUGAUUAGACUUGUGCAGUCAUUAGAUGCAGCCGACUUUUUAGGCUCAGCCCCAAGCUUGACAAUUGAGCUCCCCCAGCGCGUGGAUCCACAGCUGCUUCGGUUCUUGCAGAAUCUGGAUGGAUCAUCACAGACCGCUGGCCGGAUCUCAAUUCGGCGGCGCAUCAUGCCACGGGAUAUGGACACGAUUGAAUCGUCAAUUCGAACCGUCGAGGGGUUCUAUCCCCGAGACCCGAAUGACACACAUUUGCUUAUGCUAUCGCCGCAGACAGAGCUUGCUCCAUCGUUCUAUCACUACCUGAAGUUCGCUAUCCUGAACUACAAACAUUCUGCCAAAGGGAAUCGGAUAUUCUCCAAUUUGAUUGGCAUAUCACUUGAACUGCCAUCGUCCAAACCCACGACUGAUAGCCAACAGUUCAUCCCUCCGGUCAUGCCCAAUGAAGACAAAGAACAAUCGCUCCCCUCAUUCCUAUGGCAGGCUCCAAACAGCAAUGCGGCUUUGUACUUUGGGGAUAAAUGGGCGGACUUCCACUCUUUCUUAGCUAACCGCCUCUCUACCCUGGAGUCCGCGGCGGCCCCUAAAGGAAAAUUGGUAUCAGAGAAAUACCCGGCCUUCAUGGAACAUUUGCUCGAGAUGAUCCGUGCCAAAGGAUACUUCCUUCUUUACCCAGCCUUUGCAGGGGUCAAAUCCCCUUCAAUUGCCACGGUACACAGCGAGUUGUAUCAGCCCCCAGAAGAAUUUAGGGCAAGCGAUAUUGCCAGCUCGGAUCCAGCCUCGAAGAAUGAUCCGACCCGGCCACUUACGGGUACUGGUCUGGGAUCUGUUGAAAAACCGCUGGGUCACGCCACAGGUAUCAUGCCACUGCUUGACCUAUUCUCCUCAGGCCUCCCCGAUCUUGACCAAUUACCUCUGCUUUCAUAUGACGGUGACGAAUUGACGGCGGCGGCGUACACUGAACGUACGCGAGAAUAUGCCAAGCAGUUCAGAGUCAAUUAUGGAGGUUGUGAUACGGAGAGCAUAACCGAUGACCCUUCAGGAGACCUAUUUUGCCAUCAUGGAUGA